AGGAUGUCGUGAACAGAAAUACUACGUCCAAGCACCGCAGCAAUUCACACACUGAAGGGCUCAGUAUUAUCAGACAACGCGACGACCCCAGCCCUAUUAGAACACUGUUCUGGUUGAUAUCAUUUUUCUUUUUUCGAGUGAGAGAUUUCAGCUUUUUCUUUGUUUAGUUUUGGAUUCAGGACCAAGAGACGGACUGCACUGAUAUGGCCAAAGGAGAAGGUGGUGAACAAUAUUCAAACGCCAGUUUAUUGAACAAACCGGUCAGCCAGGAUGGCAUCUCCCUUACUCCGAAGCGGGAGCACAGGAACAGGUUGUCCAUAUGCAACAAACUCAGCUAUGCCAUUGGCGGAGCACCUUACCAAAUCACUGGAUGUGCCCUCGGCUUCUUUUUGCAAAUCUAUCUCUUGGACGUUGCUCAGCUUGACCCCUUCUACGCUUCCAUCAUCUUGUUUGUGGGCCGAGCAUGGGACGCAGUGACCGAUCCCACUGUGGGGUUCCUGGUUUCCCGCAGCCCGUGGACCCGUUUUGGACGCAUGAUGCCAUGGAUCCUGCUCUCGACCCCGCUGGCCGUGCUUUCCUACUUCCUCAUAUGGUACGUUCCGCCCUUCGAGAACGGCAAGGUCAUCUGGUACCUCUUCUUCUACUGCCUCUUCCAGUCCCUUCAGACUUGUUUCCAUGUGCCCUACUCUGCCCUCACCAUGUUCAUCAGCUCGGAGCAGAAAGAGAGAGACUCUGCUACAGCAUACAGGAUGACAGUGGAAGUUCUGGGCACAGUGGUUGGCACAGCUAUCCAAGGACAAAUUGUAGGCAUGGCCAACGCACCCUGCCUUCCAGGACCAGGGGACGUAGGGCCAGAGCAGAAUGUUUCAGUUAAUUCCACUGAAGUCAAUAACUCCACGCCGGUUAUUUCCUUAGAGGACACGAAAGUGGCCUACAUGAUCGCCUCUGGUGUUAUCUGCUUGAUCUACAUCCUUUGUGCUAUUGUUCUUUUCUUUGGCGUGAGAGAGCAAAAAGAGUCUGUACGGGUAAGGACAGAGCCCAUGUCCUUUUUCAGGGGAAUUAAACUGGUGAUGGGACAUGGACCGUAUGCCAAACUGGUCAUGGUUUUCCUUUUUACAUCACUAGGUUUCAUGCUCCUGGAAGGCAACUUUGCUCUAUUUUGCAGCUCCACACUGGGAUUCAGAAACGACUUCCAAAAUAUUUUACUAAUCAUCAUGCUUUUCGCUACUCUGGCCAUCCCGGCCUGGCAGUGGUUUCUCAGUCGCUUUGGAAAGAAGACGGCGGUUUAUGUUGGCAGCUUGUCCGUGAUUCCGUUCCUGAUCAUGGUUGUGUGUGUGAAGAGUAACCUGAUUGUUACCUACAUCGUUGCCGCGGCUGCUGGGAUUGGAGUGGCGUCCGCCUUCCUGUUGCCAUGGUCCAUGUUGCCUGAUGUCGUCGACGAUUUCAAAGUCCAGAACCCCACCUCCGAGGGCCAUGAAGCUCUCUUCUACUCUUUCUACGUCUUCUUCACCAAGUUCGCCUCUGGAGUCUCCCUGGGUGUUUCCACUCUCAGCUUAGACUUUGCAGGCUACAUCACCAGGGGCUGCACUCAACCCAAUGAGGUGCAUUUAACCUUAAAGGUUCUGGUUUCUGCCGCCCCGAUCAUUUUCAUCUUUACUGGUCUGAUAAUAUUGUACUUCUAUCCCAUUACCGAGGACAGAAGGCAGGCCAACCGAAAGUUGUUACAGAAACAGAGAGACAGCGAGUCUGACUCAGAAACAGAUUCCACAGAGCUGGCACACAUCGUCUAGGACUUUUACAGAAGACCCGCGGACCAAUGAGGUGAUAGCAUUUUUGCACUGGACAGGACCAAAAACGGAUCUGGGCCUGUCGGAUCACACAGACACCUCUGUGUCCCAUCACUAUGAGACUGUGUUUCAUGUCUUUCAAAGGUUUUGCGUCAUAAUUUCUGUCACUUUUCUAAUUCCCACCGUCCAUGAAAUUCUACUUUGCUGUUGGUUGAGUCAGAUCUCAGAAAGCCUUACACUUUGUAUAGCAUUUAACUUGAAGUACUGUGAAAAAGUCCCUCUUUUUUUUGUCUUUUUAAAGGAUUUGUUUCAAACUGGUUACAACUUCACAAAAGAACUGUGAUGGGAUGAUGUUCUGUUAGCAUACCGUGUGCUGUCAUUACUGAUGCUAGUUGCCAACGGAUUUUAUUCACUUACAUUGAACAAACGGUAAAGACCUUGAACACUGAACCAAUAUCUUUAUGGUUCGGAGAUGUGAGCAUUCUUGACUUGAACAAAUGCCUUAAUUUCAGCCCUGUUUAGGGGUAAAAUUGUUAAAAAAAUAAGAGAAAAAGGACAAAAAAGUACACUUUGCUUUUGAAAUAUUAAAUAGUUGUGUGUGUUCUAAAAAAUUGGUAAUUUUACAAUUACAAUUGUUUACUAAUGUCUUUCAGCCAAAACUCAUCACACCUUACUGUACUUUGACCCUUUUUUUUUUUUUUUCUAGUUGCCGGUAUAAUGUGACAUUGGAACUCUGUGACCUGAAGGUAUUAGCACCUGUAAACUGAAUGGUCAUUUCCAUUAGUUCCUAAUCAUAACAGUAAAAACCACUACAUCAGUGUAAAGUAGUUAGUUUGUACCAACAACGCCAACUCUUUUACAGCCAGAGAAAAGAUUACCCUGAUAUUAAAGCACAGCUACUGAAGAAAAGAAUUUUUUUUUUUUUACCUCUGAAACACUUUCUUUCAUUUUGAUCAGAAAAGUGACGACAGACGGUACAAAUUAUUUAAAUAUUUAUUUGCUUUUGCACGCAGGUCUCCUGUAGAGCGGUGUUGUGAGCAGCAUCCAGACUCUUAAAUUUUAAGCUUUCCAACUAAAGAAAAAAGGGCAAUGUUUUAAAGCAUUAACGCACCCUUUUUUUUUAAUAUACUUGCUAUCACUGCUGUAUUUGCCCCUGAAUUUUGAAAAAGGGAAGCACUCGAAUGUGGCAACAAAUUUAAAAAAGAGAGAUGUAAAAGCAAAAAGUUGGCAUCGCCAUUUAUUUUGGAAGGUUAAUAUUUUUUGUACAUACUGUAAAUGUGCUUGAUCUCCCAACACGGGUGCUCUGUGAUCAACACAUUACCUGUAAUUAUUUAACAUAUUCAUAUCUGUUGAUAUGGAAAUGUUUGCAUUUUUAUAUGUUAUACAUAAUGUUACAUCUUUACCAUGUCUCUGACAACAGUUGUCAAUGUGAAAAUGUUAAUAUGUAUAGAUUUUCUUCUUCUUUAAAUCCAUACUUCUGAACUCCAAAUGCAGUGCCAUUAUGUUUGGCCCUACAAAUGUUGUCCUGUUUUUUUUCCUUUUCUUCUUCUCUCUUUUUUAUGUCCAAUGGUUCUUUAAUGGCUUUUUCAGUGAACUGUUUUUCAGAAAACUCUAGAGGCUGUUGCCAAAUGUGUGCGCUUUAAUCUCACAGAGACACACAAGCCUUGUGAACGUGCCUCUUGUGCAUAUGUACAUAUUGUAUGUAAACCUGUACAUGCCUUUGAUAUUUGUGGGUGCAAGUAAAUUGAACGUCUGAACAAUGGCUGUAGUUAUUUAAGAAAAGGUUAAUAAAUAAUAAAUAUUGCAAAGUGUAUGGUAAGA